CCUUUCUCCUAGAAUCACUCUUUACAAUCAAUACUAACAUGUAAUAGUCAAUAUUUACUUCAUGUGGAUAUGGUUAUGUUGAUUGUUUGAAUUAGGACCUGGUACCUGGGCUGUUUAUUCAGGGAGCUUUUCAUUGAGUGAUCAACAGCAGGGAGGAUAAGAACCAUGUCGUUUCGUCUUUGAUGAUAGUUUAAAUUUGUGGAACUUGUUGGAAUGAAAAAAAGAUGGGUUUAUUAAGAGUGGCAGGUUGAAGUUUGUGACUUGAAAACACAACACUUUAACCUUACGCUAUUUUAACAUAUCGGUCAGAAAAAAGAAGCCCACCAAAGUUAGAAUGGUUGGGCUAUUUGAAGGAGAAGAUGAGGCCCAUGAAACCCAAUUUGUUAAAAUUCAUAAAUUCACAUAAAAUUCAACUGGAACCCUGAAUGGCUUUGUGUACAUCAUGGCUGUAUGCUAUGCGUGAUGACAUUUUGGGAGAUGCGUGAAUACGAGUAAGUGCUUCAUGGGCUAGGUUUACCAUCACCCGCCAUACAUAUGAAUGAAGCCACUGUGCUUGGCAAAGAAUGUAGAAGAUCUACUGGAGAUGAUGAAAAUGAGUCCAUUACAUUAUUUGGAAACGGACACGCAAGUUUCUUGCUAGUGGUUCAAUGAAUUCCAAUUGGGGUUGGUUUUGAAGUUUAGUUUACUUAGUUGCAUGGCCUUUAGGCAUUUUAAUAACAUAUAGAGUUUCUCUGGAUGGUUCUGUUGCGUCUGCCUAGAAAAUAAGACCGUCAGCAUGACAUGGAGACGAUGAUGAAUUCCUUGAAAUUGCAACUGGGUUUCGUAUAAGGACUGUGACUACUAAUGCUAAAGACAAUAUAUUAUCGAUUAUUCCAGUGUUCUAAUAGUGACCUUCACAAUUUUAAAUAUGCUGACGAGGAUUAAACAUAUCCUGUCAAUCAUUGACUCUUGUCUUUAAAUGAACCCGCCAACUUCAUUAUAUCACCUCUUCACAUCUUAAACCUGAGGUCUGUUUGCUUGAACUGAGAUCAAUGGCGAAGGCUAACCUUGUUCAUGAUGUCAUAAUCCAAAUACUCUUACGACUGCCUGUAAAAUCUCUCUGCCGAUUCAAGAGUGUAUGCAAAUACUGGCAUUUUCUUAUUUCUGAUCCCCAUUUUGUCAGAAUGCACCUUAAUCUAGCAACUAGAAACAAUUGUAUCAACUGCCAGAGAUGGAGACUGUGUCUCACAUCUUUCUCUCUUCCUUCUGUUUACUCUGUGGGCUAUGAAGCAUAUGACAAAGCAGUAGCAGCAAAGCUUGAUUAUCCACUGAAAACUGAUUGCUACGAUGAGGUCAAGUUCAUUGGUUCUUGCAAUGGCUUACUAUGUGUUGCUUCUGAACCAGGAAUAUUACUGUUGAUAAACCCUUCUACAAGAGAAGCUGAGGAAAUACCAAGAUUAGGCAAUCGUCGUCCCUUCACUCAAUCAUCCCUGCCUUACAUGUACGGAUUUGGCUAUGCUCACUCCAUUAAUGAUUACAAGCUGGUGAAAAUCUCUUGCAAAGGUUGUGUCUUUGUCUACUCACUGAGAGCCAAUAGCUGGAGAGAAGUUGGAGUGUUUCCUUAUGGCAUCCUUGCACUUGAUCCAGGGAUUCAGCUAAAAGGAGCUAUCCAUUGGGUGGUAAGUCACAGUAUGGAUUCGACGAAAUCACAAGUAAUCGGUGCUUUUGAUUUGGUGAAGGAGAAGUUCUGGGAUGUGUCACCACCAGCUUCUGUUAAAAAUUUUUAUGGGAUAGGAGUUUUUGGAGAAUGUCUCUGCAUACUGCCUGGUUCUGAUAUAACCUCCCAUAAUGACUUUUGGAUAAUGAAGAGCUAUGGCAUAAAGGAGUCGUGGACUAAAGUUGUGAUCACCAUACCGUAUUUUAGAAUGAAACCACUGGGUGUUUUUGAGAAUCAUAAAGCUUUAUUAGAGAUUGAUGGAAAAUUAGUUGUUUACAAUUUCAUAGAUGAGACUUAUCAGGAUCUUGUUAUUCAUGGGAUCCCAGAUGGAAUUGAUUUUGAAGUAGAGACAUACAUAGAGAGUCUUGUUUCCCCUCACCUGAGAUUGGCAACCAGAGCAGACAUCUGGAUCAGAUGAAAUUCACAGUAAUGGUUGAAGCAGGCAAAUGCAUCGUCUCCAGAUCUGCUUUCAAUUUUCUGUCCUGUACUUUGGUUAAUUUAAAGCAAGAUUUGCUUUCUUUGUUCCAUUACUUUCCUAGAUAGGCACAGCAACAGAUUUAUGUAAAACUUAAACUGCACCCAAAUCCAGUUCUAUCAAUCAUUAUUUUCAUUUUUUAUUCU